AUGGAUGCCACGCUCUUCGUUCUCAAGGAUUACUUCGGGUUUAUGAGUUUUCGACCUUAUCAGCAAGAGGUUAUUGAGAAAAUUAUUGAGAAAAGGGAUUUCUUUGUAGUUAUGGCUACUGGUAGUGGCAAGUCAUUGUGUUAUCAAGUGCCUCCGUUGGUUGUGAAAAAGACUGGGAUAGUUGUAAGCCCUUUAAUAUCAUUGAUGCAAGAUCAGGUUAUGGCUUUGAAACAGCGAGGUGUCAAAGUUGAAUAUCUUUCGAGUGCUCAGAAGGAUUAUACUAUUCAGGGUAAAGCUGAGCGUGGUCAAUUUGACAUUCUGUUUAUGACUCCUGAGAAGGCAUGCACAAUUCCUACCAGUUUCUGGUCCAACUUGCUAAAGGAAGGAAUUAGUCUUUUUGCUGUUGAUGAAGCACAUUGUAUAUCAGAAUGGGGGCAUGACUUUAGGGUAGAAUACAAGCAGUUAGACAAGUUACGUGGUGUUCUGUUAGAUGUUCCUUAUGUUGGUCUAACUGCAACGGCUACUGAAAAGGUUCGGUUUGACAUCACCAAUUCCUUGAAGAUGAAUAAUCCUUACAUUGUUGUUGGUUCAUUUGAUCGCCCAAAUCUUUUCUAUGGUGUCAAGCAAUUUAAUCGAGGACAAUAUUUUAUUGACGAGCUUGUUGAAGAAAUUCCAAAAGAAGUUGCUAAUGGUUCAACUAUUAUUUACUGCACAACAAUCAAAGAUGUAGAACAGAUAUAUAAGUCAAUAAUGAACGUCGGUAUAAAUGCUGGAAUGUACCAUGGCCAAAUGGAUGGAAAAUCACGAGAGGAGUCUCACAGAUUAUUUGUUAGAGAUGAAAAGCAAGUCAUGGUGGCUACAAUUGCCUUUGGCAUGGGCAUAGAUAAACCUAAUAUAAGAAAAGUGAUUCAUUAUGGCUUCCCUAAAAAUCUAGAGUCCUACUACCAGGAAAGUGGGAGAUGUGGUAGAGAUGGUAUAGCUUCUGCUUGUUGGCUUUACUACACAAGAAGUGACUUUUCAAAGGGUGAUUAUUAUGCUGCAGAUUUAAAAUCGAAAAACCAAAAAAAAAACUGUUACGGAGUCAUUGCUUGA